AUGAAGCGCUGGAAACAGCAACGACUUCAAAAUCAAGCUAUUCAAAUUGGUCAGGCACUUUAUCAACACAAUGUUGAUGAAGUCAAUAUAGAUCCAGAAAUUGAUGAUAUUAUUGAUAUUAACUCGAUCAAUAUUAAUAAUACGAUUGAUGAUCCUAUUAUUUCCAAUGUCAACGUUAGCGAAUCAAGAUUUUUGAACGAUGCUAUAGAUAAAAUAAAACAAUUAUCAUGUGACGAACCAAACAUCAUCAUGGAGAAAGAUAUUUCUUGCGCACUAGUGCUUCUGAAGAAACGUCACCGUCUUUCUGCACGUUGUAUGGAUGAUAUUAUUUCUCUUUUACGAAUAUUCAAUGUUCCAAAUGUACCGUCUAGCUGGUACCGUCUCAAGAAAUCUCUAACAGAAACACAAUUAACCCCUAUUCAAUCUUUCAUCUGUUCUGAAUGUCAGGAAUUAUCAACAAGUAGUGCUU